AUGCAGUCUCCGAGUAACUCGGAUGACAGCAGUCCAUUGAUCGAUUACUCCCGUCGCUCUUCUACCGCACGACCCCAUCGACAUUUAUCUACACACCCACAUUCACUACGUCAACCCAACGUAAAUCCUCACCAACACCUUCUUGAUCGAACCGAAGAAAAUUGUCCAAAACAUCUUACAGGUUCUAAACGUACCCGAUACCUUAAAGCUGGUCGAAAAGCUCGACAGAACUUACAACUAAUUCAACAAUUAACUCCUUUUCAUUAUCCUGCUUUUCAUUCUAUUAAUCCUGUUUUCAUUCAUCAUUUAACUCCAAACUCAACACUUGAAUCUAUUAUCAACCACAUUCAAGAUGUUAAUAUUUAUGUAAUUGAUACUGAAUCAGAGCCUCCAACUCCAUUUCGUUCUGAACCAUUACCUGCAACUCUUCAAAUUCAAGCAAUCCAUAAUCAAGAUCAAACCACCAUUCUUUUGAUCGAAGUUCAAUUUUUGCCACAUCCAUCAACAUACACCUUCUCACUCAUACAACGUCUUUGCUAUAAUAUUUUCUCCCCACAACAUCAUAUUGUUUCAUGGGGCGAGAUCAGUCAAGAAUUAUUACCCUUUCAACAAUUUACCCUAUUUGAUUUAUCACAAAUUCGUCAUCCACUCAAUCUUCAGCGAUACUUCACCAAUGAAUGGAAUCGCACUCAUCCUCACAUUUCUUCAUGCAAGACUCAACAACGUCAAAGUUACCCUGAUCCCGAUCCACAACUUGAUUUAAUAUGCCACAUUGACAGCGAUGAUUUAGACGAAGAUUUAUUUCCCGAUAAAGUGCACGAAGUUAACAUUCGUUGUACCUGUCCCGAUACAAUCCAUCCAUACAAAAAUGACAAUGAACAAUGGAGCCUCCAAAAAGCUAUUCAGUAUACGUUUAAUGAAGCACUUGACAAGGCUUUAACAUUUAAUGCAUGGACUUGUGGACUUGAUCCUCUUCUACAUUCUGGUCACACAACUGAAGAAAUAAACACUCGUGCAGCUCUUACAUCAUAUGCUGUUAAUGAUAUUCUUGCACCAACAAAAUUACUUUUUCAUUUGAAGCACGAAAUCAUUAUUCCUCAUCAAUCUUCCAAUACAGUCACAUCCACCUCGACCAUCGAAGAUCAACAACCGCAACUUCCUUCAUAUUUCGUAUUGGCUGACAGCCAUGCAAAACAUAUCGAUCCCCUUAUUAAUACUGAAUAUUGCACCAUCACUACCGUUUCCAUUUCGGGCCUAAAAUGGUGUGAUACAGAUAAUUCACAUUUGUGUGCUUAUUCAUUGUUACAAUCAGCGGAAAUAUCAUCACAUUUAUCAAAUGCAUCAGCAAUAUUGUUGUUAAUUGGUAUGAAUUCUGUACGUCAAUUCGAUGCAUCUCAAGUAAUCCAAGACGUAGCACACACAAUCACUUAUCUUCAUCAACAUUAUCCCAACUUGAAGCAUAAACAAACUAUUUCAAUCCUUACUACAUUUCCGUGCUUCAAACCUUCUUUCCGAUUUCCAUCCAUAUCAUCACUAUCUUCCAACAUUGAUCUCUACAAUGAAGAACUUAACGACUUAUCAAAAAAUCUUCAUUAUACUGUUCUCGACUUUCACGUCGCUGAAUCACAUCUUGCUUCAGAUCAGAUGCAUCUACAUUUUAAUCACCGAUAUAUUAUAUAUAAUAGUAUAAUUGAACAUUUUAAAGCAUUAUCUCAAUAUCAGUCACCACCUCCUCGUACUCAUCAACGAUCUCGCGACGCUCUUAAACGUCGUAACAAAAUUCGUCAUAAUGCAUUAAAACAUAAACAACAACAGUUCUACAUCAAACGAAAUAUCGAUACUCAUUGGAAACCCAAACAUAUUAAACAAUUAUUUGCUCAAUAUAACAUCAAAUACGCACGUUUAUCUGAAGUUCACAAGCAUGUCAUUACAAUUCACUUUAAUAAUCUCAAAGAUCGUGAUCAUGCUGAUGAACAAUUAACUACUGAUAUAUUUAACGAAGAACAUUUUCAUCAGUAUUCCCAUAUUGAACAGUAA